GACUGUCAACACAUCAAUCGGAGACUACUCGGACAUCCCUUCAAACUUCUGUGUCCCAUCAACACCUUUCAACCAGCUCACCCGAUCCUUCGUAAACUGCUCGAUCUGCGGCCGCAGCUUCGUCUCGUGCAAGCUAAAGUCAUCCACCGUCCCGAUCCGCAGGAUGCUGUACCCCGGCCACGCCGACCCGACGCGGUACAUCAGCGACCCGCACGUCGCGCAGAAGUAGUUCGUCAUCGUGUUGCCCUGGCGCGCCAUGGUGCGGCCCUGCGCGUACGUCGUGAGGUUCUCGCGGCCGCGGAUGUGCGUCAGGUGCGUGUCCGCGACGGUGAAGUUGGACGCGAACAUGGACGCGGUGAUCUUGCGGCAGUCGGUGCAGUUGCACACGAAUGUGUUGACGAGCCCAGGGCCUUCGGUUGGCUGUGGAGGUUGCGUUGUUAGUCGAGAGAAGCGCGUCUGUGGAGGGACUGGGCUUACGAAGGCAAGUUGGACGGCACCGCAAAAACAGGUCGCCGUCGCCUGCCCGUCUUUCGUCCAGCCGUCUCCGGUGGCGUUGGCAAAUUUGUAGAAGCUGGGAGCUUUAAUGCAGUCUACCCCUCGAGUACCGACUUUUUAUCGACGCGCGCUCCCCACUCGAUGACUCACCCAGUCCGGGCUUCGAACAAAGAUCGCCGUGAUUCGCAGGCGUCCGAAUGCUGCC